UAUAUUCGAGCAAGGCACAGAUGAAGUUCAGACAGCCUUCAGGUUUGCGAUGUUGACGCAUAAUCAGAACGUCACAGGCCGGAGGUUUGAGCUGCAGGCGUACGUUGACGUCAUCAACACAGCUGACGCCUUCAAGCUGUCUAGACUGAUAUGCAACCAGUUUUCUCGGGGAGUGUUCUCCAUGCUAGGAGCUGUCAGUCCUGACUCUUUCGACACUCUGCACUCCUACAGCAAUACGUUUCAGAUGCCCUUCGUAACUCCUUGGUUUCCAGAGAAGGUGCUCUCCCCAUCCUCGGGAUUCCUGGACUACGCCAUCAGUAUGAGGCCAGACUAUCAUCAAGCAAUUAUCGAUACUGUUAAAUACUACGGGUGGAAGAGGAUUAUCUACUUGUAUGACUCACAUGACGGUCUACUGAGGUUGCAGCAAAUCUACCAAAGUCUCAAGCCUGGUUCUGAGUCUUUUCAAGUAGAGAUGGUGAAGAGGAUACAGAAUGCUUCUGAAGCAAUCGAAUUUCUUCACAGCAUAGAAGAAUUGAGCAGAUGGAGUGACAAAUACAUCGUCCUGGACUGCCCCACAGAUAUGGCUAAAGAGAUUGUAGUCACUCAUGUAAGGGACAUCACUCUAGGGAAGAGGACUUACCACUACCUGCUCAGUGGACUUAUCAUGGAUGAUCGUUGGGAGUCCGAGGUUAUAGAGUAUGGUGCCAUCAACAUCACGGGGUUCAGGAUAGUGGAGGGCUCUAGAAGAUACGUCCGGGACUUCAUUGAGGGCUGGAGAAGACUUGAUCCCGCAACCUCAGUAGGAGCCGGACGAGAAUCAAUUUCGGCGCAAGCAGCCCUGAUGUACGACGCAGUGUUCGUGCUUGUCGAAGCUUUCAACAAGUUGCUGCGCAAAAAGCCCGACAUGUUCCGCAACAAUCUGCGCCGCGGUCAGCUGUUCAACAAUGGCAGUAGAGGAAUUGACUGCAACACGAGCAGAGGAUGGGUGACACCGUGGGAGCAUGGGGAUAAAAUCUCCAGAUUCCUGAGAAAGGUCGAGUUGGAAGGGUUAACGGGAGAAGUGAGAUUCAAUGAUGACGGUCGCAGAGUCAACUACACCCUCCAUGUUGUAGAGAUGACUGUUAACAGCGCCAUGGUCAAGGUAGCGGAGUGGACUGACCAGGGUGGUUUUAACCCAGUUGCCGCCAAAUAUGUGAGACUACGACCCCAUAGUGAAAUAGAGAAGAACAAGACAUACAUUGUCACCACCAUUGUGGAAGAGCCAUAUAUUAUGCUGCGAUCUCCUGAAAAAGGUGAAAACUUGACAGGCAAUGACCGCUUUGAAGGCUAUUGCAAAGACCUGGCAGACCUGAUAGCAAAGAGACUCGGCAUCAACUAUGAACUGAGAAUAGUGAAAGACGGUCAGUAUGGAGCUGAGAACUCAGAUGUGAAAGGUGGAUGGGAUGGAAUGGUUGGAGAACUCAUUAGGAAGGAAGCAGACAUGGCGAUCGCUCCGAUGACAAUUACGUCAGAACGGGAGAGAGUGAUUGACUUCAGCAAGCCUUUCAUGUCGCUCGGGAUCAGCAUCAUGAUCAAGAAACCAGUCAAGCAGAAGCCAGGAGUGUUCAGCUUUCUAAAUCCUCUCUCAAAGGAGAUCUGGGUGUGUGUCAUCUUCUCCUACAUUGGAGUCAGCAUCGUCCUCUUCAUCGUCAGCAGAUUUUCUCCGUACGAGUGGCGACUUAUUUCGUACGCCGACGAUCCCCAUCAUCACUCGCUACACCAUGCUGGUACUCCAGGACAGGCUCCUGCGGUGCUGGCCAACGACUUCAGCAUAUCCAACAGUCUAUGGUUCGCUCUGGGGGCCUUCAUGCAACAGGGCUGUGACAUAUCGCCAAGAUCUAUCUCGGGCCGCAUAGUAGGGAGCGUCUGGUGGUUCUUCACUCUUAUCCUCAUCUCUUCCUACACCGCCAACCUCGCUGCCUUCCUCACUGUAGAACGGAUGGUCACUCCCAUCAACUCCCCGGAAGACCUCGCCUCCCAGACGGAAGUUCAGUAUGGCACCCUCUACCAUGGAUCCACCUGGGAUUUCUUCCGGAGAUCACAGAUCACCUUGUACAGCAAGAUGUGGGAGUUCAUGAACUCACGAAAGAACGUAUUUGUGAAAACGUACGACGAAGGAAUACAAAGAGUGAGGCAGUCGAAGGGCAAGUACGCGCUGUUAAUAGAGUCACCAAAGAACGAGUACACCAAUGAAAGAGAGCCAUGUGACACAAUGAAGGUCGGGAGGAACUUUGACUCCAAGGGGUUCGGAGUGGCGACCCCCCUGGGGUCCCCUUUAAGAGAGGUGGUAAAUCUAGCAGUGUUAUCACUCAUAGAAAACGGGGAGCUCACAAAACUACUAAAUAAAUGGUGGUACGACCGCACUGAGUGCAGACAUGAUAGUAAACAGGAUGCCUCCAGGAACGAGCUAUCUCUGAGUAACGUUGCGGGUAUAUUCUAUAUCCUGAUAGGGGGCCUCAUCCUAGCCAUGGGUGUGGCCCUCAUUGAGUUCUGCUACAAAUCUCACAACGAGGCGACCAGAGCUAAGAUUCCCUUAUCGGAUGCCAUGAAAGCUAAAGCCAGGUUAACUAUAGGAGGGAGAGAGUUUGACAAUGGCAGGAAAAGAGACAACCUGUUUCAAUACUACUCACCAGCCAACCAGAUAAACCAACAAGAUGGCGACCAAUUGCACAGCAACACACACACCCAGGUCUGAUGUAGGUGCUAGGGACGCCCAAGCUCCUGCACUAGUGUAUAAUACUGUACAUAGACACGGACUCCGUAGUCUUCUGUUGCAAUCAAUGUACCAAACUAGCUAACUGUUUCAUUUCGUUUAUUUCAUAAACAUUUUUUAUGUGUUUGUGAAGAAAUAUUAAUUUUUGCCUAAAAAGAGGCAAUAGAACUUUUACAAGGUACAAAAGUAAAUCCAAAGUCGAAAAAAUUGGGAAAUAUAACAAUUACGAUGAAAAUUACUGAAUAAAUCUUUAACUACCUGGUUUAGAAAGUUGCCAUUCAACUUUCGUUCUUAAAAAAUCAUUUUCUGUAUUUAUUAAUCAUGGAGAUAAUAAUAUUGUUUUUUUGUGUCGGUAACUAAUUAAGUUUUUCUCCAAAACUUGGAACAAACUUAGAAUAGUUUUAGAGUGUAUGUAGCAUUUUCUUAUAACGUAAUACAUUUUUUUAUUUGUUAAUCAUGCCAAUAAUUAUCAAAAUAAAUUAUCAUAGAAACAAUACAAUGAAACUUAUCCCUAUACUUUUAAAUAGGAUCAUCGAAUGCAUUAAACAUGCAACUUAUUAUUUAUUACUUAUUGGAAGCACCAAUACAUUAUCUUAAAAAUAUUUUGUUUGCAAUUUUCUCUUAAUAUGGUUUAAGGUUUAGGUUCCAAGAAUUGCUGAACAAUCUAUGGUGCUACUAGGUGCUUUUAGUAAAAGAAAUUUACAUGAUCACAAAACGUCAUCUUAAGCCAUGAAUUAGAAAUGUGUCCAAGUUUUUUGGGCUUAAAUUGACGAAAUUGAAAGUAAUGACUCUUCUGCAAAGACUUAAAGUUAUAAGAUGAUUUUGUGUAAAGGAUUUGAAAAAGGCUGUAACACUGAAAAGAUAUGUCAUAUUGAUUGCAAUAGGAUUAAAAGAGUAACUGAGAAAGAUAUAUUUAUUUAUUACUAUAGCGUUUAUGUAACGAGGGUUAAUCAUGGAAAACUUAAAAUUAUAUACAUUGCAAUUCAUUCUCAGGUUGUAGAAUUUUCCAAGGGUAAUUUAAAUCAAAACAUGUUUAUCUAACACAGAAAUCAAAAGUAAUGUCUUCUCUUUUUGAAACUAGUACAUUGUUCAUAGAUCUUUUAAUUCUUAACAUUUUAAAGAUUUUACACAAAAUACUAACUACUGAAAUA